AGAAGCCGGCCUAUACGUACAAACUACUUGACGUUGGGCUCCCCAUUCUGCCUCACCGCGAUGGAGAUUUUAACACGUGGAUUUGUGUUGGCGAUGCUGUGUGUCUUAUCUUCAGCACCGGUCCUUUCCAUCAUGCAUGGCAUUUGCCCAAUGUUCAUGUGUUUCAAGAGUUGCCCCAUGGGCUACAAGAGGGACAUGAUGGGAUGCAAGAUGUGCGACUGCAUGCAUUUCUUCGGGAACUCAGGCUUCGGGAACUCGGGUUUCGGGAACUCGGGCUUUGGGAUUGGAAUGGGAAACAUGAACUUCGGUUUCUCCUCGUCUUUCUCAUCCUUUCAAUUGGGUUCGUCCGGAUUCUUGAGUGUCUCAUGUCCUUUUGGAAUUCCGAAAGUGUUCUGUCCCAUCUCACCUUGCCUGAACGUCAAGUGCCACAUGUACCCUAUGGCCACCUGCGUGGAGAGCUACUGUGGUGGGUGUCAUGCUGCCUUUUACCUGCACAAGAAGAAAAUAUUCUGUUGAUGGACCUGGAUCUCUGUCGCAGUACACCCGACUUGUACAGUACAAUCCCAUUAAUCCAGACGUUGCUCUUCUUUCAACGGAACAUGAUACGGAGGAUUUCUCUUUCGUCUCGAUGUAAACUGAGUGGCAACAGAAAGUUUACCGAGCUUGCUCUUUUAUGUACUUGCAACUUAAAGGCACUGUUGUUAAAUUUGAUUAUGUCCUUUCAACCAUCACUCCUUCCUGCAACAGUUUGUAAACAAUAAUCUGUGGAUGGUUAAUUUUGUGCAAAUAUUAAUGAGUUAGUUGAAGACUGGGGUACAAACUGAGUUUUCAACCACAUGACCAGUACUAUGUUUGAAAUGUUGUUAAUGUGCCCAAAAAGGUAAAUGUAUUGAUUUCAAAGAUAAGCUGUCUAAGAUACAAAUCAAAGGUAGUGUAUUAUGCGAUUUGUUCAAAAAGUUUUAAAUCAAAUUAUAUUUUUUAAUAGUAUCAUAAGUAUUCUUUGAUUGCUAACUAAGCGCCAGUACAGUUAACAAUUUGCAUUUGAACAGGCCUUCAGCAACCCAUGCUUGCCGUAAAAGGCGACUA